UCUUGCAGGCCUAUCAGUUCUUGUAAAUGCUCAAAGCAGCUGAGCCGAACAGGCCAGCCCUCAAAAUAUGUAUUCAAGGAACAGAACAGAUUAACAAAAUUAAUUUUUUAUUAAUUUUUUAUUAAUCUUUUUAUAAUUAAUUUGAAAACUUUCACCCAUCUCUUCGGAACUUAUAUUCUGCCAUUCGGCAUUGGCAUUUUGCCGUCCAGAGACGGUCGAUCAAUAUGUGAGAGAUGUCGUUUAACUUAUAAAUAGGCCGCAAUUGAAACUCUUCGAGGCAAAGCACUUCUUCAUGCUACAAGCACUGACAAACCCAACAAAAGAGUAUCAAUCUGAUAUAUAUAGAGAGAGAGAGAGAGAGAGAGCUUCUGAUUCUCAAAUCUCAAUUAAUGGCAGCCACCAAAUACAUCUUCAUCCUUGCCAUUGCAGCAACUCUUGUCCCUUCAAGUUUGGCCACGGAUUUCGUGGUUGGUGAUGAUAAGGGUUGGACCAUUAACUUUGAUUACCAAGCUUGGGCUCAAGGAAAAGACUUCCAUGUCGGUGACAAACUUGUUUUUAAGUACUCAGAGGGAGCCCACAAUGUGCUUCGAGUUAAUGGAACUGGCUUCCAAGAAUGUGCGGCACCUGAGGGCACUGAGGCCCUGAGUAGUGGAAACGAUGAAAUAAUCCUAGCAACACCAGGAAGAAAGUGGUACAUUUGUGGCGUUUCCAGGCAUUGCGUGGAUGGAAAGCAGAAGCUUGCCAUAACAGUAGAGUUGCCUCAAACACCAGUGUCUCCAGAAUCUGCACCUUCUCCCACUUCAGCAGCCAGGGGACGUUUUGCACCCACGUUUUGGUGGAUGGUUGCUGUUUCUGGCAUCCUUAUGAUGGCCAUGGUUUAAAUCUUGUUGGAAUACUUUGCAGUCAAAUUCUUUUAUCUUUUAUUUUUUUGGGAAUGGUUUUUGUGUGUGUGUCGAGUCCAAAGUUUGCAUUGUGUUCUGGAUUUAGCAGUUUGUAAUGGAAAAAAGAGCAUUAAUUUUUCAAUGAAUUGAGUUAGAUUUAAAACGCCUACAAUUUAGGAAAAACUUCUCUAUUCCAUGGUGUAAUAGAAGGGGAAACAGACAUCAGGACCGGAUUACCAUCAAUCCAUUAAAAAUAAUUAUUCUCAU